UGAGCUUGCGGCCCCGGCCGCGCCGGCAGACCGGGAGAGACAGAGCCCGCUGGAUGCUGCAGCCAUCCCCGCCACCGCCACCGCCGCCGCUGCUGAAUCCCGGGGGCUGCCGGAGCAUGGACUGCUGAAAACUUGCAUUUCUGCAGCGUGAGGUAAUACUUUAACUCCAAUAUGGGAAAGCAAAACAGCAAACUACGCCCUGAAGUCAUGCAGGAUUUGCUAGAAAGUACAGACUUUACAGAACAUGAAAUCCAGGAGUGGUACAAAGGCUUCUUGAGAGACUGUCCAAGUGGACAUUUAUCUAUGGAGGAGUUUAAAAAAAUAUAUGGAAACUUUUUUCCUUACGGGGACGCUUCUAAGUUUGCAGAGCACGUAUUCCGCACUUUCGACGCCAACGGAGACGGAACAAUAGAUUUCAGAGAAUUCAUCAUAGCCCUGAGCGUCACGUCGAGAGGAAAACUGGAGCAAAAGCUGAAGUGGGCAUUCAGCAUGUACGACCUGGAUGGGAAUGGCUACAUCAGCAAGGCAGAGAUGCUGGAAAUUGUGCAGGCAAUCUACAAGAUGGUUUCUUCCGUGAUGAAGAUGCCAGAAGAUGAGUCAACCCCGGAGAAGAGGACCGAGAAGAUCUUCCGGCAGAUGGACACCAACCGUGACGGAAAGCUCUCUCUGGAAGAGUUCAUCCGCGGCGCCAAGAGUGACCCGUCCAUAGUCCGACUCCUGCAGUGCGAUCCCAGCAGUGCCGGGCAGUUCUGAACCCGUACUUUGGAUGAAUUAUCUAUCUGCUUUUUUUUUUAUUUCCUUGCCAAACAACAUUCAUGGUAGUGUUGCCUCUGUAUGGCCAAUUAUGCCUUCAUUUGUGGCAUCUUAUAGCUUAUUUUGUUGUGGAUUAAUUAUAAGAAUGCUGAAUUGCUCUUAACAAUUUGUCCAGAGCAUGGGCAGUACUGUUCUAAACAGAUAUUGUGGUGUUACCAUUGUUUUUAAAAUUUCAUUUUGUUUUUUGUUUGUUUGUUAGUUUGUAUGUGUUUUGGAAAGUAACAUGUUGAGGAGGAGUAAACCAACAACAAACCCCUUGGCAGCAAGACACACUGACAGAUUUUAGAUUGCUGCUUUAGUUGUUAGGUAUUCACCUGCAGAACCUGAAAGUGUAGUAAGGCUGAACCAAAGGGGUUGUGAUGGGUGGGGUAGGAUUCACCUGGAACCUCCUCUCCUGUCCAGAAGGCACCAGUUAAGAUCAAAGACAGGACUGGGAAGAAGUAUGAAAGUGCAAAACAUGUGGGGUGUAUCAUUCACUCCUCUGCCUCGUUGUUUCAAUGCUGUGAACACUUUCCAGGUUGUGAAGAAGGGACAAAAUGAAGGUUGACUUUUUUUACUAGGUUUACAGUGGUUGAAGUCAUAUGGCUUUAUCUGAAAAUUCAGCAAUUUGCAAUCCUGAUCUCCAAAUCCACAACUGACAAUACCUCUUGCCGUUUGGGAUCAGCAAAAGCAGACACAGAUAUGAAAAGCUGGGUCUUGACAAUGAAUUUAAGGGAGAUACAUGUUGAAUGUGAAAUUUUCAGGUUAGUAAUAAAGCAGUUGCUACUAGGGAGAGUGGGCAUUCAUGUGAGGAACUCACAGACACCUGCAAGCAGCUCCAGCUAAGGCACAUCUGCUGUUCUCAAUGCUGUUGCGUAGCAGGAAGUUUUGGGGGUGUUUUUGUCUCUCUCCAUGUAGCUAACAGAGUUUCUGGGCCUGCUCUUAGGGGAAGGCUGUCAUCAAAACUUGUUUUAAACAUAAAAUUGUAGCAUUUAUAUUUCAUUUAUUUUAGUAAAGUUCAAAAAAAUCUGUACUGAAAUGAGGAAAUGGUACGCUUUAUGAUAUAUUUAUAUAUAUAUAAAAAUUAAAACAAAAAAAGAACAGCUCUUGAGAGAAAUGUUGAAUGUUUAUCUUUCCGCCUAGGUGCAGGAGUAUCUGAAAUUUGCUGCUGCAAAAUUUUAUCCUUUGGUCAAAGUUGCUGUAUGCAAAGCUAGUAUACACAUGUGGGAUUUCUUAGGGACUUCACAAGCGCUGUUGCAAGAGAAAAGCUGGAAAAGCUUUAGCAACAGGAGGCAUUAUGCUGACUAAAUUGGCAUUAAUCAGACAUUAGCUGAAGUCUGCUUUGUGAUCCUGCUGGAGAGCGACCCAUGCAGGCAGGCACGGUGUUGGGAAUGCAUGAGCUCGUUAGAGUAACCUUUGUCUGACAGGCAAAGUUGGCAUUUUGUCAAGUGACCUUGUAGAUGCUAAUCCCCAGUAGCCUUAAUUUAAAAUAAACCAAGUAAAAGAAGUCUGCUUUGCAGAUGAUGUUUAGCUGAAUACUAAUUAGAAGUCACGAAUAAGUAGUUGAGCAUAAAUAAUCUUCUGUGGAACACUAGCUAGCAUGUACAAUAAUUGACAGAAGCAAUCCUAUACUUAAUUUUCCCAUACCAUUUGCUUUGCGGGGUGUUAAGGGCAAAGCAUUUUAAGAGAAAAUAAAAGUAAAUUGAAAAUAACAUUGUUAAUCAAUUGUACUAAAAUUUUUAUGAGUGGCUAAUGACACUCAAUAAAUGUCUUCAAGCACACAUUUUUGUCUCAAACAAUCACAAAAAUCCAGUUGAUGAUAUAUUUCCAUUACAUUCAUCAAAAUACUGAGCUGAGCUGAGCUGAGUGUGGGAAAAUAAGAAAGCAAAGGGGGCCCAGCCACAGACUCAAACAGAUUUUAAUACCCAGCACUUUCAGGUGUUAUGAGCAACACUGGCAUGUUUUGCACCAGUUUUUCUGGCUGAUGAAAAUAUUCUCUAUCUCCUUCUCCCAAAUCUUAAUUGGACACCAUGUGCACAAAUCCCCUUCGAAGGACAGUCUGUGCCUACCUUUGUCAAGGUAAUUUUCUGCUUUACCUGGAGAUGUUCUGGCCCUCUCUUCAUGUCCAUCACCUCAUGGAUUUUGAAAGUCAUGUACUUGAGGGUUGUUUUUCAGCAGAAGAAGCCUGGCCAGACUCUGGGGACUGCAAAGGAAGGUCAGUGGGCAUGCAGUGAUCGGCACACCCCUCUGCCAGAUGGGCAUGCCACCACCCCAGCCUCUCUGGGGCUGCUCCAUCACCACCCCUGCGUGGGCAGGACAAGGUGACACCGCAGGAUCCCUGCUGAAUUUCCAACCUCCUGGCUCAGGGCAGGCACCCAUGUCCAAAGCAGCCCAGACUGUGGAAGCUGGCAUUUACUGAAGGUGAACUCGGAUACCUUCUACGGUUCCAUCUUCUUAGUGCUGUGAAAGCAGCUGCAUGUGACUGAAGCUUUAAAAAGGUUGCCUUUUCUUUAAGUGACGGCAUUCCACCUGUUUUUCAUUUUACAAGGCACUUCUGGCCCAGAACCUAAUCUCUCCAUUUGUUUUUGCUCAGCAGUUUCAGGGUGUUUCGGCCAGGCUCACCUCCUGUGCUACUCCUGUACAACGCAGGUCUGAACGCACAGCCUGUGCUGUGACCCCAGCAGACAUGUAAUGCUCCCCACAGCUCACAACAUUUGGAAUCAUCAGAAUUAGCUUACAGCUGCAGAGGACAUAGCUGCAGAUAAGGCUAUUGUAGAAACAUUUACAGAGUGAGCUAGGGUUAUUCUUUUACCUGACUGCCACUGAUGAUUGGUAUUAUUUUAAAUUAUUAACUAUCCCUUUCUUUCUCUGCCUCUGCAUGUACUUAAAUAGUGAUUUGUAGCUGAAGUUGUGAUAGGUACAUUUGCAGACCUCAAAUCAGCAGGACAGCAGUGGUGUGCUGUGCCUCAGACUGAAUUUUUCUGCUUUGCUGUCAUUUGCAUUUGUAAUCAUAAUUGCCUUCAUAAAGCUUUUGAAGGCAAAGUGUGAAUAGCACAGUAAGUCAGACUUUUGAGUGAUUCAUUAGCAAUAUCUCCACACAGGAAGGACGGCAGACAGCACAUGCUGUUUUGUAUGACUUCUCAAUUUUGUAGAUGCAUUCUCUAGUUCUCACAUAUGCACAAGGCAUUCUUCACUAUGUAUUGUCCAAAGGGAUUAAUGAGCAUAUGUCACAUGUAGACUGAACUCAUGGAAAAUGCCAGUCUCAUUUAGCUGACAUUCCCAGCCAGCUUGUCAAACUCUGGGCCAGAAGAUGAGGAGUGAGGACUAUGACUUGUGAGUUUUGCAAUACUCUCCUUGCUUUAGGGUGCUUUGGGAGGGGAAAAGGGAACACAACCCUUUUAAAAUCAACACACAUGUUCUUGUGAGCGCUUAGAGUUUGAGAAGGACUGAAGAAAUAUUUAUGUUUCAACAUUAUUUGAAGCCCUGUCAGUUCACAAUUCAAUGAUGUUCCUGAGGUACCCAGAGCUAUGCUGUUCCCUUGCAGUUCUUAGGAGCUUAUAGGAUUUCUAUCUUCUUCCUGGGGCAUUCUUUUUGUUCUGCAUUAUAAGGCAUGACCUCCACAUUUUCUGCUGCUUAAAACAGUAAGCCAGAAGUAUGUAAACUUUGUAGCUGGAGGAGGUCUGUGUGCAGAAAUAUUGCACACCAGCACAGGAAGCAGUCACACAUGCCCAAGGCGCUGUGGUUUGAGCACUGCCCCUGGGGGAUGAGCCCAGGGCUUCUCUCUUUGCUGGUGGCAAAAGCGCAAUAAUGCUGCUUAGCUUGAUUUUCUUUCACUGCAGGUCAGGUUAAGUCACAUUACCUUGCAUUGCUGUGGGCAGAACCUUGUCUCAGCUGGCUCAUGGAAACUUGGUGAACUGUGGUAUCUUGGUGCUGAGCCUAAUCUGCAGACUAAGCUAAGCUGAGAAGGUGGCCUUGGCCAUACGUCUCAGUACAUGUGAACCAGAGAACACGGUGACAACUGGCAGGUCCCCGGGGACAUGUGGCAGUGAGGAGGGAAUCUCCUGCCCCAGAACAAUGCCCUGAGCUGAGCUGCCUCCUCCUUUUAAAACUCCCCCUUUUUUCAGCACCACUGGUGUAAGAUGCAACAUGAUAGCAAUAUAGCAGGUGAGGAUGGAGGAAGCAUCCUUCAGGAGUUUCCUUUCGCAGUUUAGCCUACAAGUGCCAAGUGAGACAGUCAGACUGGUCUGAUUGUUGGCUGGACGAGUCUUCCUGAGCACCCAGUACACCAGCACGUCCCUUCAUCUUCCCUAUGGUGCUCCCUCGAUUUCCAGGCAUGGCAGCCCUUGGGCUCAGCAGUCAGAUGUCAGGUACCUGGUGCAAGACUGGUGGAGAAAAAUAUUUCACCUGCCCUCUGCAUAAGUACUUGGAUGCAUUCUUUGCUCUGUGUCUCACUAAGCGGGAUGUCAUGUAGGAGUCGGAAAGUGGGGAAAGUUGGUUUUCUUGGCAUCACAGGCAGAACCUGCACUUGGAAAUGCAGAGAAACUUGUCAAGUGCCAGAGGGCUGAGCAGUGCUCAGAGCUGCAUGCAGAGUUUUCCACUGAUUGUGCAGGAGGCAGAUAAGAUAAACAGCAGUGAUACGUCAGGCACAUGGUGCGAUGGGUUUCGAGAUAGGGCUUGACUAGAAAUGGCACCUUCUAUGUGAGCAGCUCUGUCUGCUGCAUAUUCUGUCAGAGGUGCUGGCAAAAUACACUCCAAAAUUAAGGAGCAGAGCUGUUCACCAUGCCCUGGCAGGUAUUGAACAAACAGCUCCCAGGAUAAGGUUUUCCCUAAGUGCAGCUGAGGACAAACCAUUGCCUAUGGGAGUUCAUUCCUGGUCAUGGUGGAAGACAGGAGAAGGGAAAUCUCCAUUGACUCUCGAAGCCCAGGUGUCAUUUUGCAGGCUAGGGAUGGUGGAAUGAACAUCUGUGUUUUAAAUACAUAGAAAAGACAGCAGGGACUGUAAACUGGCAUAGAAAUCAGUGACAUUAGAAACCAGAACCACUGCUGAGGGACUGCAAAAGCCAAUAGGUAUCUCUGGCCAUCAACUGGAUACACAGUCAAUCUCCUUACCCCUUGCAGAAAAUAUGUCUGCAUUCUAUGGGAAUCUAAACAGCAUCCCUUAUUCCAUCCUGGCUUUUGCUGCAGUUGUUUCCAAAUUAUCCAUACUAAGAAGUUGUUUCCAGGGUGAGGAUUUUCAGAGGAUAAGGUAUAAAGCUUUCCAGCUGUACUGUCCAUAUCUUAACAAGCUGGAAAGGCCAGAUGCAAGGAGCUUUUCAUUGUUUCCCACAGAUUGUGUUAUUUCAAUGUGUAGCUGGGAUUAAGCUAUCACCUGUAAAAUGCUGUCUAAUAAGAAAAACAAAGAGCUUGAGUUGUAGUGAACAAUGUGAAAAGACUAGAGAAAUGAAAAACUAUGGGGACAUCCCUGCCUGUAGCCCAGGGUCUGAAUUUGCACAGUGAAACCCUCUUAGCAGUAGCCAGCACAGAAAAGCUCCUCUACUCCAGCCAGUCAAUGGUACCUCCUGGGCUACUUCAGCCCUGUGUGGGGAGGCUGGGGACUCUGGGUCCUGCCACAGACAUGGCCAUCUGACAUUAUCAGGCAGGCUGAGGGCUCCCUACAUCUCCAGGCACACACCAGCCACCCACCCUCUGCACAGUAUUCGCUCACUGUGCACCUGAGAUGUUUCAGAUCUUCCCCUCUUGCCCUGACCUUAUACCAAAGAUAUUCUCACCUUCCCAGGGCAUGUGCUCAGGGUGUCCAGCUCUCCAAGUCUCUGCAGCCACCUCCCAGUUGCCAUUCCCAGCCUCUGUGUGAACAAAUAACAAACACCAGCCCUUGACAUGUGGAGGAGCCAAGCUUAAUGCACUUAAAUGGAGCAGCUUCUGAUUUGGUUUCCCAUCUUUGGCCCACCUGUGAGUACCACACUAUUUAUUUCUUAUCAUUAAGUAAUGGCAGUAUUAAACAUUUUAAGGGCACUCUGAACCUCUGAAACAAUUUGGUUUUCAUGGUAGUGUACGUGUUUGUUGAGGCACUGCAGACUGAGCGUGCCUGGGCUGCUCUCCCCUGCCCUGUUUGCUCCACAGAGAGCUGGUUUCUUCCAGCAGCAGCUCCUCCCCAAGCAUCCCUGUGCAGUGUGCAGGUGCCCCAGGCCUGCAGGAGCACCCAGGUGCUGUGGACCAAGAGACAAUUUUGGCAAAGUUAUAUCAAGCAGAAACUCUUCCUGCUAUCUGUCAAAAACGAGUGUUGGGAGUGUGGCCUCUGGUUUUCUCCUGCCUGGGGACAGGGGUUCCAGCAGUGCUCAGGGCUGGCCUCAUGUUCCUCACCAAAUGGGAUGGCAGGAUGAUGGUGGUCAGUAAACCCCCCUGAGAAAAUCCUCUUAGAUUCUAAACUUCAUUUGUGCUGCUCAUUGGCUGCACUCAGAGGGAACGUUAAUUAAGGGUCCAGUGUGGUAGUUUGGGGGAGAACUUGCAGUUCCUUGCCACCAGCACCUUUUUAUUUCCUGUCAUUAUUCCCAUUUCCAAGGCAACCAAAUAGUUUUUAUUAGUAUCCGAAAGAAAAGAAAAAUCACAUCCAGGGUUUCAAUCCAAUAAGGAUCUAAGGAAGGUUACUAAAGACAUCAUGCUCAAUGUUAGUCAUACAAACUAAUGUUUCUUUGGUAUUUUGUGUUUAAUUUUCUUAUUCAUGUGGCAGACAUGUUUGUGAUUUAUUUCAUUAUUUUGGAUCCUCUUAGAUUUAGCCCUGCUGGUCCUUCAGCUCUUAUGCAGAAGUCCCAAAGACCCCGGGAGCAGAACUGACUGAGCAAUUACCAGUGAGUUGGGCACAUGGUGCCUGGUAAAAAUGAAGAGCUUAAUUACCUUAGGGAUUUUAUUUGUGUGCACACUUGCUUCAAGGAGACAAAUUGAGCUGCAUUGCAAUAUGUUUAUCUCUUCCACUUGCUCACUUCAAUUCCAAGCAGUCUUGUAGUUAAUAAUUGUAUAUUCAGCAUUAUUUUGCUCUUGAACCUGAAGUGACCAAUAUUGUCUUCCUCUGACAGGAUACUUAAUACCUUCUGAUUUUAAAUAUUGCUGAGUGAUGUGAUGGAUGCAAAAGUAGUUACACAUUUGUGUGCUGGCUUUGGCUGUGAUAUAGUUAAUUUUCCUCACAGUAGCUAGAAUGAGGGUCAGUUUUGGAUUUGUGCUGGAAACGGUGUUGAUAACAGAGGGAUGUUAUCAUUAUUGCUGAGCAGGGCUCACAUGGUGUCAAGGACUUUCCUGCUUCCCACCCCAUCAGCAAGGGAGCUCAGGGGGCACAAGGGAGAUGGGAUGGGACACAGCCAGGACAGCUGACCCCAAGUGACCCCAGGGAUACCCCAGACCAUGGUGUCAUGCUCAGCAUGCAAAGAGGUAGGGGAAAGAAGGAGGAAGAGGGUGACAAGUUCAGAGUGAUGUCAUUUGUCUUCCCAAGUCACACUCCCUGUGAUGAAGCCCUGUUUUUCUGGGGAUGGCUGAACACCUGGCUGGCCCAGAGAAUUGGUGAAUGAAUGCCUUGCUUUGCUUGUGCAUGGGGCUUUUGUGUUCCCUAUUAAACUGUCUUUAUCUCAACCCAUGGGUUUCUCACUUUUGCCCUUCCAAUUCUCUUUCACAUCCCACUAGAAGGGAGUGAAUGAGUGGCUUUGUGGGACUUAAUUGCUGGUUGGGAUUAAAUCACAACAAUUUGUUUAAAUUUGGGCAGGUAUUUUUGAUGCUGCAGAAACUAAUAAAUUGAGAUAAAACAUGACCAAGAGCUGAAUGGAUCAAAGUGCCCAGUUCCUAUUUAGGUCCAUGACCAUUCCACAGGGAGAGCUUUCCCUGUUCCCUCAGGCUGUUGCCUCAUUGCAGCACAGAACAGACACAACAAAUCGAACUUGUAAUGAUCUACUACGAGCAGACUCACUGCAGCAGCAUGGAGUUCAGUAUAUCCUGUGUCUUGGCAAAAUUAGAUACCUCUCUAGAUCUAGAUGAAUGCUUUGUAAGCAAACCUACAUAUCCUAAGGAAGAAUUUUACUAUUCAGAAAGGAGAGAGACAACUAUGAAUUAAAUUAAUUUGGUCCACAUAUUUUUCUUACAGCUGUCUAGAAUUGAAAGUGUCCUGUGUGUUGUUGCCUCUAGCUGUUGUGAUGUGUUAAUUCCCCCCCCUGGUUCUGUUGUAAGCUCAUCUGGUGGUAUCCUGGGUCUCCAGCUGGUUCUCUGCCAGGCAAAGCCCAUGGGAAGGACAUGUGGAGGCGAGUGGCUUCCAGGCACACCAGGGGCAGCUUUUGGGGACGUGGCCCUGUGCUGCUCCGUGCUUUGGGAGUCUGUACCUACAGAGCGAGUCAAACAUGCCUGAUAAAAGGAAAGUAGAUGAUCAGGCCACCAAAGGAGACGGAGAAUUUGGCGGAGGGUUGUGUAUGUUUUGUGCCCCCCAGCACGUGCACGGUUCCCCCAGCUAUUAACUUCCAGUUAGGACCUUUCCUGAGCUCUUAGUGUUAGAAUAAAGUUUUCUUCUGCUGAUAAUGUAUUUGUGUUAUGCAACGUACUCAGAAAACAGAAAAUUAUCUCUCUAUGACUGUCCUCUCCUCUCGAGAAGCUCUUCUCCUCUGUACAUAUGAUAUGCAGAAUGUAUGGGAGUCUUACCAGCGUUGGUUUGCAUUUUUAAGACUGUACUAAUUAAUGUGUGAUACUAUUGUGUUUUUGUAGUGGCAUCUUUGAUGUAAGAUGUAAAAACUAUUUAAAUUUUUUUUGUUAUUGUUCAGCUUUUAGAGAUAGCACCAAGGACUGCAUGUUCACUAGAAUCAGCCCUUUCCAGGGGCUGCCAUAGCUGCACGCAGGCACCGGUGUUUCACCCGGCAUGUAGCACCUGCGUUCCUCUCUUAAUAGGGGUCAGUUUGGAGUGGAGAUGAAUUCUUCCUGAAAAGUCUAGUUUUGUCUUUCCCUCUCUCAGUUCAAGCUGUGUGAUUCCCUCCCACGCUGUGUGCCAGCCCUGGCCCCAGAGGAGACCUGGGAGGAAUGUCCCCUGUCCCGGGCACCCCGCUGGCAUCGGGCCCCCUCACCCCGUGGCUCACCCAAUGCAUUCUCCUAGGAACGUGGUUUUCCUUGGAACUGCUGGCUGUGCCAGCACAACAACAGUGGGCUCACAUUGCAAGACAAUUUGUGCAAGUGACUUUAAAAUGAAUUAACUAAAAUUGAGGGGAAUGAAGGAAAAGAAGAGCCUGAGCAGCAAUUUUAGGAUCAGAAUCUUAUUGGGGUGCUUAAUAUAAGAAGAACUUGGGGCCAGUCCCUAUAAGGUAGGACCAUUUGAAUGGCUUAGGUCUACAUUUCUUGUCAGGUUUGGAGAAUGAAGUGGGGCUCAGAUCCAGUCUUUCAGGCAGGGUUGACUUACUGGAUAGACUGAGUCUGAGAUGCUUCUCCAGAUUGUGUCGUGGGCCAAAAGACAAGACAUGCUGCAGCUUAGGAGUUAUUUUUCUUUCAGGUUAUUUUUUUUUCCUUUUUAAUGCAGAAAGCAGUUCAAACUGCACCUGGCAAAAUGACUGACUUCAAAAGCAUGUUUUUCCUUGUUAUAUAGACACUCACAAAACAGCAUUGUGUGGCUAAAAAGGCACAUUUGUGACAGUUUCUUUCUGAGUGCCAAAAUAUAUAAGCAGUAUUGUUUGAAGGGAAAUAAAAAUUUUUUUACUGUAUUGUUAUUACUGUUGAACAAAUAUAUUGUUUUUAAAUGUUAGAUUUUGAAGACUUUUGUAUUGUAAAUUGUUUUGUGACACGGUGCUUUUUCAUACUGGAAUUAUUGAUUGCACCUAAAUAUUAAUUAUUGCUUUCUUAUAUAAAUAUGUGACCUUGAACAAUCUUGAUGAAAACCAAUGUGUGGUGGAUACCAACAGUUCAAAAAAAUUCACCUACUGAAAUCCCCUAAAUGUUCUUUCCUACUAAUAAACAUUCUGCUGCAGCUAG